AUGUCUGUCGCAACUAGCUCAGCUACAGGAAAUGAAAAAGUAUUUUCUAUUUUUCAAGAGAUUGCUCGACUCAGCUCGAAUCUUAAUGAAGAGAGUUUUUCAACAACAGAGAGGGUUAAAUUACGAGAAUUUUUCAUCAAAAACUCGAAUAAUAUAAAAUUUGUAUCAAAGUCUCUCGACACAAUUCCAGCUGAUAAUUAUAAUGAGAGACUCGCGCUACUGAGAGUAUUGUCGUCUG